CGGUUUGUUAGGACUACGUUUUAUUUAUUGACUUAGGAAGGUCGUAAUAGCCCCUUCGCUGGCCAUGUCCAGUAUAUAAGCGGCGGGAGGUGCAGCAGAUGGUCACAGUUGGAUUUUCCCAGUGCAUUCGUGAACAUUUCAGGAGUUCCGAGCUCAACCAGCUUCAAUAUCUACUCAUCAUGAGGUCCCUCAUUGCUACCUGCGUCUUCCUCGUCGUCGUUGCCAAUGCCGCCAAGGAAAACCUACGGAUCAAGCGCCAAGCAUACGAGCUCCCAGACGGCGCGGACAUCAUCGUUGGUCCAACCCUGGCGACAUUCGAGUGCGUCCGAAGCGGAUACUACGCUGAUGUCGACAACGACUGCCAAGUAUUUCACGUGUGCAACGAGCUGACGUACGCGAGCGGCCGCAAAGUCAUGCAGCAGUAUAGCUUCUUCUGUCCCAACCUGACAAUCUUCAACCAGCUUACCCUGACCUGCGGUUACCCAGAAGAAUCUGUCCCUUGUAUAAAUGCUCCAGACUUCUUCUACGUCAACGACAACAUCGGCAUUGAACAGGCCGAGUUCCUGUCUGAGGGUGACGUUGAGAGGGCGUCCCAGCUCAUUCCUGGCACCAACAAGCGUCCAGGAACUGCUGCUGCAGCUUCAGCCGCUGCAGCCGCUAGCAGGAAGUGAUACCAAUGCUAGGACGUGUAGGUUCGUCUGCUUGUGCCGUUUUCUGGACCCACUCUUUUCUCCGCUCAAAAGAGGAUUGGACUGUUGUAAAUGCAUGCUCAUUGCCUUCCUUAUGUGGACCUCCAGCGAAUCUGAGCCCUAAGAAACAGGCUAGAGGCUCGAGAGUAGCUGAGUUCACCCUUUCUUAUGCGCUUAUUGUACGUUAAUUGUUGUCCAUUGUGGAUUAGUGUUGUGUUUGUGGGUAGGUUAUGGUUCAUACGGUUCUGCAUGUCUCUGUGAACAGUGUACACUCAUUCGGGCCACACACGCGGUGGUGGCGGCGGUGGUGGUGUUAAUGGUGGCGGUGUCAGCGGCGGUUUGCCGUUGUUGGCCUCACACGCAACAUCGGCCUUCGCGAGACGCGUGAUUCAAUGGGAUUCAGUGUUGGCAUUCGGCAUAGUUCUUGUCUGAGUUACGUGCCUUGUAGCGUGUGUGCGCCUGUACACGCGGCAUCUACACAAGUAUUAUUCGGGCGCACCGCAAUGAGCUAUUGAGGUGUACCUUUGUACAAACAAAAACAAAAAAAGUGCUCGUCCAGGCUUUCGCUUCUAUAUUUCGCUCAGCUCGCUUCUAUGACUCAUUUCCGACAAAAUACUAUAUUGUACAGAGAAACUUAUUCAACUAGCAAGUGCGUCCAUACUCUUCUAUGGUUUACUUAUCGCUGGGUCUUCAGUAUGUUAAAAACCUACCUGAAAACCCAACUGUACUUUCCUUCAUAUUUCACGCAGUUUCCAGCUCUGUCGCUUUCCCAGUCCAUAUUUCCACGUUUCUAAUAAGCUGCUCCUGAACUCCUGUUCUCCAAUCCCAAAUGGAAUAGUUUUCUGGUGCGACUUCGCAGCGCUUCAUUAUUCCUCUGCAGCUAGGAUACAUUGCACUGCGGUUUACAUUGGGUGGGGUUUACCUAUGCCAUGAUACGGAUCCAUAUACUCAUAUAUAUAUAUAUACUGUCAGUCCAUGUUCAUGUUCGUGUAUUGUAGUUCGUGAUCGUUUAUUCUGGACUACAUAGUUUGUCUGCCAUGUACACCUAACUUCGCUUGUUUCUGCGUGCAUCUCGCAUUGUGUGCUUGUAUUUUCUUGCGUAUCCUAUUUAUAUUUCUAUUUAUGUUUCUGGUAGGCUACAUUUUGCCUUUCUGCAGUACAUCAUGCUAUAGCUAUGUAUAUUAACGUGUAUGUAAGCAGUGUAAAUGUAUACCGCAAUAAUAAUAUUAAUAAUAAAUAUAUUUAAAAUAAA